AUGCAGCCACUUUGGGUGGACAAGGUUAUACUACAUAAGAGAUUUUGCGGACCCGAGUUUUAUUCUCCAGAUCCUGUCAAAUUCUGCUCGGGAAUUGUUGCUUAUUGCGAAGAUCAGAUUCCAACCUGUGAUGUCGAAGUUAUAUAUGGUGGUUUGGAAGCAUUUGGAGGUCAAUGGAGAACAAAACUGACGGAUGAUACAACUCAUUUGAUUGCACUUUCUGAUACCACUGAAACCUCACGCAAAGCGCAAGCAAUGAAAUCCGUCAAGAUUAUUCUACCUCAUUACUUUGAUGAUUGCUUUUUAUUACGUAGAUAUUGCCCAGAUGAUGCAUAUCUGUUUCCUAAUCCGCGAAUUCGUGCUAAAGAUAUUCGCGAUGUUUUCUCUGCAAAGGCUGAAAGUCUAUCAGCCAUAGAUUCAGAACUAGCUGCUGCAAGUCUUGCAUCAGCAAAAGUAGAUGACCCAUUUUUGCAAGGCCACACUUUGUUUAUAGAUCCAAUUUCUCGAAAAGAUUCUCAUCUGACUCAAUUUCUAGAUAGUGUAAAAGAGGCUGGUGCGACCAUUAGUUCCAUCUACGAAUCUGGGAAAACCACCAUUGCAGUCAUGGAUUUUCAAAAUAAUAUUUAUUUUCGGCAAGCUUUGAUAGACGGUGUGAUUGUUGGAACAUUUAGAUGGCUUCAAGCCAUUGUAGCUACAAAAGCAAUCAGUUCUCCCCAAUUAGCACCCUUACAUUUUCCACGACCAGCAACACCAAUCAAAGGAGCAGAUCAGUUGAUCAUUAGUGUUUCAAACUAUGCAGGCACUGCACGCGAGGAUAUUGCAACAAUGGCGGUUCAUAUCGGAGCCCAGUUUACCAGAUCUAUGACCAAUUCCAACACACAUCUUGUUUGCUCUAGUCAAACUGGUACAAAAUACAUUAAAGCACUUGAAUGGAACAUCCAUAUCGUCAAUCAUUUAUGGAUUGAAGAAACAUAUGUUCAUUGGGUGCUACAGCGUGAAACCAAACCAAGCUAUUUCAGAUUCACCUUUUCCUUAUGCAGCAUUGUGAACAAAACUCCUGUUGAAUUCCAGUUGCCGCCAUUGGAGUUUAGCGCUAAUCUCGUCGGAUCAAUCAAGCCGGCCGAUUCUAGCUCUUCAACUCCAAACAGGACACUAACUAAAUUGGGUUCCUCUUUGACUUCUUCAUCGGUUUACCAAAAAACAACUCCAACAAUAAUUGAUAGUGCAAUUAGCAAUCAGAAGGGCUCAAAAAAAUUUAAAGCUUUUGCAAAUGCCAGUCAAUCAGUUUCUAAUACAUCUCAUUCUGCCAAUUUGAUUCCAGUAGUCAAUACUGUGCACCAAUUGCAGACUGCUAAAAAUUCUUGUAAUUUAAAUCAUAAUCAGUCAAGUACUGCGCUGCACGUUGAGCCAACAGCACAUCAGACAUCUUUAAAAAAUGCUUUUGAAAACUCGACUCCACUUGCAACAGCUCCCACAAUUUCCAUUGACGUGGAUCCGGUAAAAGAAAUUUCGUAUAUACAAAAGCUGUCAUUGAUACCGGAACGUGAACAAACGCUUAUACCCCGAGCACAACUUCUACUCGAUCAAACUCCUAACGAGGCUCAAACUUUGUCUAAAUCAUCUGUUGCAUCAUCUAAAUCCGAACCAUGCGAUAAAUCUAGACAACACAAAAACCAGCACGAGGUGUUCAACACAGUAGCUAAAACAGCUAAUGUGUUGGAAACUACUUUUGCAUCAAACCAAUAUAUCCAGAAAUCAGUCUCAUCCAAUAGGCCUACACGUCUUGAAAAGCCAAAUAGCACUACUAAAUCCUGCGCAUCGACUUUUGAGCAAGAGUCGCAAGCGGUUUUAAUUCACCCAACCAAACCAUUAUGCUUUGAUGAAAAUCAGCCGAAUCGUGAAUUUUCGAAUACGCAACAGGCAGAGACAACAAGUGCAACCACUUUAAAACGAAAACGAUUGCAAGUUCAAGUCACGCCUACACCAGUACCCAAAUCUCAAACAGUGUUCACUACCACCAUGUUCAGCAUUCCUAUCCAGCAUAAAAAGAUCAUGCUGAAGCUUGGCGCAGUAGCUGUGGAUCACAUGGACUUUACAUGUCUUGUAGCUUCGAAAAUUGUUCGUACAACCAAGUUUUUGGUUGCCGUGAUCCAAGGAAAGCCUAUUGUACAUCCAGGAUGGGUAUUGGACAGUAUUUCAGCAAACACACUUCUUCCCACCUAUAAAUAUAUCCUCAAAGACAAGGCUGGCGAAGAUCGGUUUCGUAUAACGCUCUUUGAAUCCAUUUCCAAAGGUAUAGCACGUCCACUUCUUCGGAACAUUGUGGUGUACUUUACAGUAAAAGUAGUCAAUGUGAUUGCACAAGAUGUGGUUGAAAUGUUGGUGCGCUUAGCUGGUGGAUCUUCUGUGUUGAUUGGAUUCGGUCGAGUGCAUGAAGAGAAGGUCAGGGCAUUGAGAAAAAUGUGCUUGAGAAGGGAUACAUGCACAAACGUGGUGAUUGUGUAUUGUAAUGGCGAGUCUAUUGGCGACUAUGGUAUCGUGCCAAAAGGCGACGGCCAAUGGCCAGUGAUUGUUUCUGAAAGCGAUUUUAUGAAUUGUUUUUUGCGACAGUCACUUUCAAUAAACUAGCCAAUAAUAUUUGAAACAAA